AUGUCCUUACUCCAAGCACUGAACGUGUCGCAGAUAGUGGAGGUCUCUGAUAUCGCCUUCACAUUCACGUUCAGCCGGCUCACGCCACUCGCAAUCGUUGAGACGUUUGCUCUUGGAGUUGCGUUGACGCUGGUUUUAAUAUGGUUCUACUGGUCGUUGUUCAUACAACCCGCGCAAACCAUACUCAGACCAGCAGCUAUCACUCUCGUGGGACUAGUCGGAUUCCUUAUCCUGCAUUGGGCGCUGUAUAUGUCUGAUAUACUCGAUCUCUUCUGGGGACGGGCCUUGAAAAUGCCAUUCAUACUGUACAAAGGGAACCACUCGAACAUUCCUGGCCCCAAAAAUACAACUCCUAGUGGCGGGGCGCUCCACCUAGGGACUCAAGAGUGCGCUCUGCUAGCACUGCUCCCAUUUAUCGUGGAAACAGCUUUUUUUGGUGUCACCACCACACUAUUCAUCACACUGUGUUAUAUCACCAUUAACACCAUCCUACCUCAAGCGCGAGUUCAAGAGCAUUUUAUCCGUGGCUCCGCUCGUCUCGUCGCCGGGAAUUCUCUCACAACUACCCUGCCAUCUAUGUGGUACCUCUCCGCACACCUCGUCCUUGUAUCGAUCAACGUAGUCCUGAGCGAUGCCGUAGUGCUUUGGCGAAUGUGCGUACUCUGGGGCAUGCCACGGGGCCUUGUCGGUAUUUCUAUAUUUUUCAUCAUGUUAACUCUAUGCUCCUCCGUUGCCAACGUCUCAACUCUGAUCAGUACGAAGGCCUUGGUGCACGAGACUUCCAGUGAAUUGCCGACUGCAUACAAGUUUUACGCAAGAUUGCCGACAUUCAAUUAUUUCGUCUGGGGGAUGAUCACUAGCGUCUCUUCGCUGCUAUCCAACUUCACCUCGACGUGCAUGAUUGCGUGGAAAACAUGGACACAUCGCAAGAUUAUCGCCGUAUUUCUCAGAAAUAGCUCGCGCAGAAAUACCACGGACAGGGUCAUGAUCAUUCUCGUGGAGUCGGGCGCGAUGUACUGCUUACUAUGGGCGAGUGUCUUCAUCACGCUCGGGGCUCAGGGCAACUGUGAUAAAAUCUUACCCACACAGAUCCUGUGGUUGAUCAGCAGCGUCGGUAAGAUGCCGAACGUGACAGAAGCCUUUGUCGUCAACAAUUUUGUCGACUACAUGAACUCUGCUAUGGUACAGCUCACGGCGAUUUAUCCACUCAUAAUAUUCCUUCUCGUGGCGCUGGAGCGUACGCACUGUAAUCGCGGCUUCUUGCUCGGGGCGCCACCUCGUAUACGCCCGGUUGAGAUGGUUGUACGGCCUGUCACGCCCAUCCGGUUUCACGUCUCCACCGCUGACGACGACAACGCCAUCAAACCACCCACAGCUUCAAAGGUUCGACCGGGCUGA